AACUUCCGGUGAAAGGGGAGAAGUGUUUCACACGAUUACCCUGACAAGGCCUAUCAUUACCCACCCGUUGGCAGUUGACGGGCUUUCUGUGUAAGCCAUGGCCCUGUGAUCGCAAUCGGGCCGUUUAGUCAACUUUUUAAGAUAUUAGGAGAAAUCUCCGGUGAAGCCGAUCUGACAAAACGCCACAUCGCCAGAGCCACAGGUUUAACGCUGCCCCGGGAGUACGAGCUAGUACGCUAGCUAAAGACGCAGCUAGCUAUUCGCUAACCAAGCACCUCUAAAUUGGAUUCUGGUGUCUAUUUCAAGAUGUCAACGGCGGGGUUCAACUCACAGAAUGGGACGGGGACAGGGCAGGCAUAUGCGAAUGGUCCAUCACAGAAUCCAGUGGCCCUGCAGCAGCUUCCCGGGGUCAACUAUGGCAUGACUCACCAGCCGACCUACAAUCCAAUGCAGGCCAAAGCUCCUGCACCCCCUGGCCCUGGACUCUACCCAGCUGGGCCAUAUCAACCUGUUCCUCCAGUAAGCUCCUACCAGCCUGGCACACCAUUCUCUUCCUACCAACCUCCUCCAGGCCAGCCGCUGCUGACAAGACCUCCAAUGGCAGGUCCUCCAUCCCAUACCCCACCUCAGUCUGCCAGCCCAAGCCCUGGUCCCAGACUGCUUCCAGCACAAGCCACACCUCCUCCUCCGGCUGUGUCAUCUAGUAGCUACUACCAAAACCCCCAGCAGCCACAGCCCAUUGCUCCAGCGUGGCAGUACAACACAGUUCCCCCCCCAAUGGGGCCACCAACGUCCAUGAACACGCCUCCCCGGAGCCUCCCAGGAAAUCAUGUUAACCCUGCUGCAAGCUCAACAGCUCCACCACCACCAAUGUCAUCAGCAGCUUAUAGCUCAGCGCCUCCAGCUGCUGUGUCUCACAGUGCCCCCCAGCCCCCUGGCCCAGGGAUGCCCCCCACAUCUCUCCAUGGAUACACCCAACCAGGCGCUGCACCGCAGCCCAUGAAUCCUCUGGCUCCCAAUGCAUACCAACCAAACAGAGCUCCGUAUGGACCGCCACCUACAGGCCCACCACCAACGAUGAAACCUGCACCGCCUCCUACUGGACCCCCUGUGGCAAAUGCCACACCUCCUCCCCCAAAGGGAGAUGGAGCUGUGGCUGGAAAUGGUCCACAAGCACCAAACAGCUACAAUCACGUUGACAACAAAAUGGCUGGCCCACCCCAGCCCGCACCACCUGGUCGGCAUUUGGGCCACUAUCCCUCUCUCCCCCCAGGGUACCAGAACACCCCAGCACCCCACAAUGCCACGCCACCCAUGCAUCCUGCAAUGCAGGCCGCCACGCAGCCUUAUACUCAAGGACCUCAGCCAUACCAGCAGCCUCCUCUGGGCCCAGGCCCAGCCCAGCUGAGCCCAUCCCUGGCAGCCAUGAGCCUCCAGUCCAGCACCCCAGAGGCCCUGAGAGUGGUCAACCUGCUGCAGGAGAGGAAUCUGCUGCCUCCAAACCCCAUCCCAGCCCCAACACCCUGCCUCCCACAGGAUCUGCAGAAGCUCAAUUGCAAUCCAGAGGUUUUUCGUAGUACGCUAACCAGCAUCCCUCAGUCUCAGUCUCUGCUCAAUAAAGCCAAGAUGCCUCUGGGUCUGCUGCUCCAUCCCUUCAAAGAUCUAUCGCAGCUUCCUGUGGUGACAUCCAGUACCAUCGUCAGGUGUCGGUCCUGCAGAACAUACAUCAAUCCUUUUGUCUCCUUCCUGGACCAGAGAAGAUGGAAAUGUAACCUGUGCUAUCGGGUCAAUGAUGUUCCAGAGGAGUUUAUGUACAACCCAGUCAGCAAAUCUUAUGGAGAGCCACACAAAAGACCGGAAGUCCAGAACGCUACCAUCGAAUUCAUUGCUCCUUCAGAAUACAUGCUGAGGCCACCACAGCCUGCUGUUUACCUCUUCCUUCUUGACGUAUCCCACAAUGCAGUUGAGACAGGCUACCUGAAUGUGUUCUGCCAGUCGCUGCUUGACAACAUCAAUUCGCUGCCUGGAGACUCGCGGACAAAGGUGGGCUUCAUCACCUUUGACAGCACCAUCCACUUCUACAACCUCCAGGAGGGACUUUCACAGCCGCAGAUGCUCAUUGUGUCUGACAUUGAAGAUAUCUUUUUACCAACACCAGAUAGCCUUCUCGUAAACCUCAAUGAAAGCAAAGAGCUUGUGCAAGAUCUGCUUAAGAGCCUGCCAACUUUAUUUGAGAAGACCAUGGAGACCCAGUCUGCUCUGGGUUCAGCUCUGCAAGCAGCCUUCAAGCUGCUGUCGCCUACUGGAGGGCGAAUGUCUGUGUUUCAGACCCAGCUGCCUAACCUGGGUGUGGGGGCACUCCAGUCGAGAGAGGACCCCAACCAGAGGGCAUCUGCCAAGGACGUUCAGCACUUAUCUCCAGCGACAGACUUCUACAAGAAGCUGGCUCUGGACUGCUCUGGCCAGCAGGUGGCUGUCGACUUGUUCCUGCUCAGCUCUCAAUACUGCGACCUGGCCUCAAUAGGCUGCAUAUCCAGAUACUCUGCAGGAAGCGUUUACUACUACCCCUCGUACCACCACCAGCAAAACCCUGCUCAGGUGGAGUGCCUCCAGAAGGAUCUGAAGAGAUACUUAACCAGGAAGAUCGGUUUUGAAGCUGUCAUGAGAAUACGUUGCACAAAAGGUUUGUCCAUCCAUACGUUCCAUGGAAACUUCUUUGUGCGCUCCACAGAUCUGCUGUCCCUGCCUAACGUGAACCCAGAUGCCGGCUUUGCGGUUCAAAUGUCCAUCGAGGAAAACCUUGACGACAUGCAGGUCGUCUCCUUCCAGGCUGCUCUUCUUUACACAUCAAGCAAAGGAGAGAGGAGGAUCCGUGUCCACACCCUGUGUCUGCCUGUGGUCAAUUCUCUGUCGGAUAUCUUUGCUGGGGCUGAUGUUCAAGCCAUCACUGGACUAUUGGCAUGCAUGGCUGUGGACCGCUCUGUGACCGCUAGUCUAAGUGACGCCAGAGACGCAAUGACCAACGCCUCCAUCGACUCGCUGUCAUCCUACCGACAGUCUGUGUUGACCAUCCAGCAGCCUGGCCUCCUGGCUCCAGCCUGCCUCAGACUUUUCCCCCUCUACAUUCUCGCCCUGCUCAAACAGAAAGCCUUCAGGACGGGUACCAGCACCAGGCUGGAUGACCGUGUGUUUGCUAUGUGUCAGCUGAAGUAUCAGCCGCUGGCCUACUCCAUGCUGAUGAUCCACCCCGCUCUGUACCGCAUUGAUGAUCUGACAGAUGAGGGUGCUUUGAACAUCAAUGAGCGGACCAUCCCUCAGCCCAGGCUGCUGCAGUUGUCUGUGGAGAAGCUCAGCAGGGAAGGAGCUUUCCUCAUGGAUGCUGGAAUGGUGAUGUAUCUCUGGGUUGGACGCAACUGCAACCCCACUUUCCUUACACAAGUCCUUGGAGUUCCAAACUACGCUGCUGUGCCUGAUAACCUGUAUCUGCUCCCAGAGCUGGACACUGCCGAGUCACAGAGAACCAGAGCUUUCAUUGGUUGGCUGAGGGAUCAGAGGCCAUUCUUCCCUUCCCUGCAUGUCAUCAGGGACGAGAGCCAGCGGAAAGCCAGCUUUAUGCAGAAUAUGAUCGAGGACCGAACAGAGUCGGCUCUCUCAUACUAUGAGUUCUUGCUUCACCUCCAACAGCAAAUCUCCAAAUAACCUUCAGUGGGACUGUGCAAAUGAGGGGACACUGAAGUGAGGACAUGCAUCUUAGUGCGUGUCUGUAUGUGUGUCUGUAUGUUGUUUGUGUGUCUGUGUGUGGCGAGGGACUGAAGGAUGCCUCUUGCUCCAUCUCCAGCUGUGGGGCCGCAUGUCUGAACUAAGUUGAUUCAAACUCUGUGACGGACUCUAAAGACAAUGUCUAAGAAUCCUUUCUGACGCUUAUUUGUCACUUUUAACCCCUCUAAAGCAACACAUGGAAAGAAAACAGGCAAGAAUCCUCAAUGAUGAAGAUGAUGAUGAUUAUAUUGUCAAUGAUUGAAUAAAACAGUGUUUAUUCUCAUAGAACAAUGCUAUCUUACUGAGGUAUCGUUCAGAUACUGUCCAGGCAAACAGAUGUGUUAAGUGUUUUUUGUUCAAAAAGCACAGUCGUCUUUACUAAAUCGAACGUAUGUAUGUGUGGAUGUCGACUUGAGAAUCUAUGAGGAUGUUAAGUCUGUUUGUGCUCAAAGACUGUUAUUGGGUGUCACCAGGAGUAUUUGUACACAGAACACCUGAGCUCUAACAACACUCUGAUAUUGAACCUGAAGGGCAGAACGUGUGCUUUUUAUUUCUGUCAUUAUAAUUGUGUGUCAAACAAAUCUGUAGACUCUGUCGUUAAAGGCUGGUAAACAUGUUUGAAGGUUCGUCAAAACGGCCGCCAUCGCUUCCUCGAAUGUCUGGAUUCGGCGGUGGGAAGUUGUUUUCGUCGGUCUGAUCUGUCCUUCACAAACUUUCUGUCAUCUUUUCAGAAGACCUCAAAUGAUGUCUCUGUUCUCUUAAUUUCCUUUCUUUUUUCUCUGAUAAUUAAUAAUUUAUGAGCCUCCCAAUCUGAUUAAAUUCUAUAAUUGCCUUGUAUGGGAACUCACUUUUUAUUAUUAUUAAACCUCUGUUCAAAUACAGACUCUAUAUAUGAAAUAUUUUAAUAUAAUAGGCUACGGGAAAUUCUUUAACACAGACAUAACAAAGCCAUUGUGAUCUUUUAAUCAUGCUUAUUGAUACUUGUAUAUUGAAAAGACUGCAUUAUAUAAAGGUGAAGAAAUGAUGAUUUUAGUAUAAACAUUAAGGUGAAAUGACGAUAAGAAAAAUAAAAUGUUUGGGACUUUUUAAACGUAGUUUUGUGUUUUGGUGGGAGAACAGCAGUGGUUGUUCAGUGAAAAAGAAGACUACAGACAGAAGAUGGACAAUUAGCCAUUUUUUGGUCCUACCUUGGCUUAAAUUUACAAUUUUUCAUUUGAUCUUAUUUCAUACCGUUUGUAAUUUAUGUAUAAUAAAAAUGUAUUUAGGAAGAGACACAUGAUUUAUUCAUGCACAAA